UCUUUCGUCUCUCGCGUGCCAAGACGACAACACCGCCAAGAUGACCAAGGGUACAACCAGCUUCGGACCCCGCAAGAACAAGUCGCACACCCUGUGCAUCCGGUGCGGCCGCCGUUCUUACCACAUCCAGAAGAAGAAGUGCGCCGCAUGCGCCUUCCCCAUGAAGCGCAAGCGCAGCCCUGGCUCAUACAAGGCCAUCCGCCGCAAGACCACCGGCACUGGCCGCAUGAAGCACCUCCGCCGCGUGCAGCAGAAGUUCAAGAACAACUUCCGCGAGCGCCCCCUCCGCCUGAAGAAGCCCCCUUCGGAGUCCACCGCAUAAGCUUGCUGACUGACUCUGUGGUGUGAAUGUGAUUGGUUCUGUCAAUACCCUUCACCGUGUGCUUCGCUUCUCUUCCAUUCUACUCCCUUGGCGCAUUGUGGUUGUGGGCGUCUUGGGGUCCCCUGUUGUGUUUGCGUGUGCGUCGUGCCCACUUGCUGUUGAGUGUGGUCUGUUCUGUUUGUCCGCCUUGACAUCCUUUGAUGAGUACACGCGCAUGCAUGCGACGCUCUCAAGCAAGCAAGUUGACCAUGAUGUCAGACAUGGGGGCCACGGUCGUGCACUUGAAGUCAAGUCAACAAAGCAAGAGGAGGAACGAGUGCGGUGUGUGUGUGUGUGUGUGACGUGAACACGUGCGUGUAGAUGAGGUGUUACAAUGGUACAGGGACGAAUCGAAUC